AUGUUCAGGUCUCUUCUGUCAAAGAUCGAUCCGCCAAUUGAUUAUGUAGGUCAGAAACUAGCAUCUGAUCUUAUGUAUCUUAUAUUUGGGGUUGGAUACACGGCAGCACUUAUAGUUGGUGUCUUGCUUAAUGACCUUGUGUACACAAUGUACAUAAGUGUUGGAACUCUGGUUGUUUCUGUCGUUGUUGUAGUUCCGUCCUGGGGGUUCUAUCGUAGAAAUCCCCUGAAAUUUAGGCCACCUGUUAAAGACAAGAAAGAAUAG